AUGGGUUGGCCAAAGUACGAACUGGUGCGGGAGCGUGAAUCUGAGAAAGAGCCUAGGUUGCAUAUUCGUCACAUAUCUCAGGGACAUGACGCUUUGGGCAACUUGACGAAUGCGCGAAACAACAAACAUUGGUUUUGGAUCACAGACGUAGUUGCUGCUCGAAGUUCCCUUGGACUUAUGAUAAUAAAAUGCUUCAAAAGCACCUAUAACUCGAGCUCUUUGGGGCACGACCGAGCCGUUUUUACCGGCGGAAUAAUUGGCUUGGCGGCGCAUGUUUUAUAUGCAGUACGGCAGGAAUCUUACUGCAACAAACAACCCCAAUGUCUGCCACCACAUUUGAACAGCUUUGAAGAACUAUUUUUCGGAAUCUUGUACAAGAAGACAUAUCCGACGGACUGCGGAAUUAUGUAA